ACCAGGUGGCAGGUGUCUUGUGCUACCCCUCAAGGUGCCUCCUGGCACGAACUUUUGAAUUCAUUGGCCAGAACAGCAAUGCUAGUGCCUAUUGGCCAGUUGCAUUUCCAAAAGGAUGUAUUUAAGGGGGGGGUGAUUUAGAAACUGCCUUUCUGCACUGACCCUCCACCAGCACCUCAUUCACUGCUCGUUGACUGGGAAUCACAUUGGCCAUGUGUUUGCAGUUAGCACUAGCAGCACAGCAGCAGCAACUCGGUUCUUCUCUCCUUCCCUCUGCCUGGAAUAUUUUGCAUUUUACCCCAGGAUCAUUACCGUGGAUUUUGGAAGCAUCUUUGUACAGGAAGCUUUCUCAAGGACCAAAGCAUCGUGCUAGAGCUAAUGUUUCUGCAGGAAAGUUCAUCUACCAACCAUCAACCAUGAAAAUUCUUAGCUACUUCUUGAUUUACCGAAGGUUCCUGCUCAUUGUUCUCACCCCGCUGCUUUUGCUUCCACUUCCACUUAUCAUCAAAACCAAAGAAGCAGAAUGUGCAUACACAUUGUUUGUAGUUGCCAUCUUUUGGCUCACAGAAGCUUUGCCACUGGCUGUUUCAGCUUUGCUCCCUGCCUUUAUGUUCCCAUUGUUUGGUAUAAUGGCAUCCAAGCAGGUGGCAUCUGCUUAUUUCAAAGACUUUCAUCUGCUGCUGAUUGGAGUAAUUUGUUUGGCAACAUCAAUAGAAAAAUGGAAUUUCCACAAAAGAGUGGCUUUAAGAAUGGUGAUGCUGGUGGGUGUCAACCCUGCAUGGCUUACGCUGGGUUUCAUGGUUAGCUGUGCUUUCUUAUCAAUGUGGCUCAGCAACACCUCUGCUGCUGCCAUGGUGAUGCCAAUUGUAGAAGCUGUAGCACAGCAGAUCACCAAAGCUGAAGCAGAAGCUGAUGCAAUGGAUAUGUCUUUCUCUAAUGGCUCCAUCAACCCGGCACUGGAACUGGACGAAAAUAUAGGAGAAAGUGAAAACAGCGACUGGAAAGAGAAAGAAAAACAAGUUAAUGGAUAUGACAAUGGUGUCAGUAGUACUAUGUGCACAAUCGGAAAGGAAAAUGAAAAAGAAAAGGAACAGAACUUACCACCUGCUGAAACAGGGAGAAAAAGCGGAGAGGACAAACACAAUGGGAUCUUCAAAGUGAUGUGCUUGUGUGUUGCUUAUUCUGCUAGCAUUGGAGGGCUGACCACAAUCACAGGAACAUCAACUAAUCUGAUUUUUACGGAGCACUUCAAUACACGUUAUCCAGACUGCCAGUGCAUCAAUUUUGGAUCCUGGUUUGUCCUAUCCAUCCCCAUCACAGUUAUUAUCCUGCUGCUCUCCUGGGUCUGGCUCCAGUGGCUUUUCCUUGGAUUUGAUUUUAAAAACAUGUUCAAGUGUGGCAAGAAGAAAACAGCUAGAGAAAAGGCUUCUGCACAGGUGAUUCAGGAGGAGUAUAAGAAGCUUGGACCAAUAAGCUACCCGGAAAUUGUUACAUUUGUCCUGUUUGUUUUAAUGACCCUGCUGUGGUUCACCAGAGAGCCUGGCUUCAUCCCAGGGUGGUCUUCACUUUUCCCAAAGUAUAAAGGCUAUGCAACAGAUUCAACAACUGCCUUAGUGAUAGGCCUCUUGUUCUUUAUUAUUCCAGCAAAAACAUUGUCUAGGACUUCAAAUGGAGAAACCACUGUUUUUGGUUACACUCCACUGAUUACCUGGAAGGAAUUUCAGUCAUGCAUGCCCUGGGAAAUAGCUAUUCUUGUUGGUGGCGGGUUUGCACUGGCAGAUGGCUGUGAGGUUUCCAAACUUUCUGAAUGGGUAGCAAGCAAGUUGACCCCCCUAGGGUCAUUACCUUUGUGGCUGGUUAUCCUGAUCUCGUGCCUUAUUGUCACUUCAGUAACAGAAGUGGCCAGCAAUCCAGCUACCAUUACAAUAUUUUUGCCCAUACUAUCUCCUUUGGCUGAAGCCAUUCAUGUGAAUCCACUUUUCAUUUUGAUACCUGCUACCUUAUGUACUUCCUUUGCAUUCCUGCUUCCCGUAGCAAACCCAGCCAAUGCCAUUGUAUUUUCAUAUGGUCACUUAACUGUUAUGGACAUGGUGAAAGCUGGCUUAGGCAUUAACAUCAUCGGAGUUGCCGUAGUUAUGCUUGCAAUUAUGACGUGGAUAGUGCCUAUGUUCGAUCUCUAUACUUAUCCAAGCUGGGCACCACACACUCCUUCUACAAAUAGCACCGGGCUGUAAAAAACAAAGCAAAACAAAAAAGUCUGACUAUUGAUUUGGAUUGGUUUUAUUCAUUUUCUUUUCCACUGGUAUGGUGAGUCACUUUGGGUAUUUCUUUGCCACAACGAUAGGGACCUACAUGACUGUAAAAUGAUAUAUUUUGCUGUUCCAGAGCCUGAGAUUCUAAUCAGGACAUAAGAUCAUAAAGUUAGUUUCUAAUCUGGAUUAGCUAAUCUGAAUUUUUACAUCUUCAUGUUAGGAAGGAAAAAAUAAAUGUGCCUAGACCUUAUCAUUGGCAGUUUGCCCCCAUUUUAGGAUAGUAACAUAGAGAGGUUAAACUUUUAUCAUUUUGAAUACAUUUUCUUCCAAUUACUUUGGUAAUAUUAGGAAUUUGUCAGAGAACAUAUUGGUUUUCUGUUUUCUAGGUUCAAACACUAUUUAAAAUGGUGUUGAGGGCAAACAAAACAUCAGGCAGGGGAUUGACUUGAACAUACAGUUUACAGACCUGUCGAACGUGCACAGAAAAUGGAGACCAACAUGAUCACUUACGCAGCACUUUAUCUGUUAAGCACCUUGUAAUCUGGAAGGAGGAUAUAUACUUAAGCAUAUAUUUAGUCUACCUCCUCCAGGACCUCACUGAAACAUGUUGUUGUUGUUUAGUACUUUUAUGGACAGAUGUAUAUUGGUCCAAGUUAAUCUAUGUGAAUACACACUAAAUUAUCAUCGUACCUUUGCUGAAAGUAGACAUAUGUCCCCUUGAUGAAUGAAAGCAUAAGACACAGCGAUGAACAUGUGAAACUCAGUCCAUCAAUCAAGACUAUAGUGCAUCUUCACCAGGAGGUGUCUGACCACUAUGGGACAGGUGGAAUUUUUGUUGUAAACACAAAACAGUGCAAUGUAGUCAGAAGGGAAGUUCAAGUUCGAUGAUAUCUUCAAAUGAGUAUGUUUUAUUUGGUUGUUACAUUUUUUUUUUAACAGUAAGGAUUACAUUAUUGUUCUUUUUACCUGUUGGAAAGAUCCAUGACAAGUUGUAAAGAGUGUUUAGUUAACAGUCUGAGUGACAUAUGCAUCAAGUCAUUCCUUGUUGGGGCACAUCUAUGAUGAUGGUAAAUCUUAAUCUGUUUUUUACAGAUGGAAUAAA